AGCCAGCCACUCACAUCCUGAGAAGGAAAAAGAAGGGCUGAAAAGCCAAGAUUGAAAACAGAAUAUAGAGCUUGGACCCUCAAAGGAAGGCAGCAGCCAUUCUCUUUUCUCGCUCUUUAUCGGAAUGGAAUGAUAUUGACUUUCAAGGCAAUAAUAGACUUCCGCCAGUGGAUAAGAUAUUUAUUUUGUAUUGAUUUGUUUGUCCUUUUGUAGUAAGAACGGACAUAGAAACUCUAGCCAGAAUGCUGUCCUGUUCAAGGAGGAGGAACUGCUUACCCUAAUGGCUUCAAGAGAAUUGUUGUGUAUUGUUUACUUCCCAUACACCCACUCUCCUAAAGCAUGCGCCAGACGGAAGGUCUCCACCUAUAUAUCCCUGCAAAUUGAAGGAGCUCACUCAACAUCAAAAUCAAGGACUUCUCUCCAACUCAGAAAGGAUACGAGAAAUCUUACUAGUCAACAGACAAGACAGGGUGGUGAAAAAUGUGGAGAGGAACUCUCCCAAGACAUACUGUAGCUGGGAAGGACAUUAACUUCACUUGCUGAGGAUCACGAUAGCUGCCUGAAGGGUCUUGUAGCAGAGAGAGUGUUAUCAAUUCACACUGGCACUAUGGAGUUGGGCUUGGCAAAGUCUCUGCCUUUGGUGGCCAUCUUUACAGUGCUGCUGCAGUUUUGUCCAGAGGGCUUCAGUCUGGAGCUCAGCCCCAGUGAGAAGGAGGUCAUACUGAGCACCAACUCCUCCUUCACGGUGGUCUGUUCUGGUUGGAGCAAGGUGUCCUGGAAGUCUCCCCGCGACCCCAGCCUGGAGGGAGUGGCUGUGGAGGACAGGGGAACCACCAGUGUGCUGGUCCUCCACAACGUCACCUGGAGGCACUCUGGGAACUAUAUCUGUGAAGAGCCCUCUACAGAGGAGGCCAAGGACAUAUCGGUGUUUGUACCAGACCCUGAGGAAUGGUUUCAUCCCCUGCAGCAAGCAGUAGUGAUGAAGGAGGGAGAGGAAGGUACCAUUCCCUGCGUGGUGACUGACCCUGGCAUUAACGUGACCCUGUACGAGAGGGCCAGCAAGGCCCGUGUGGAGGGAACAUACCACCCCAGUAAAGGGUUCACCGCCAUCCUGAAAGACAGCUCCUACAUCUGCCGAGGUGCCAUGAACGGAGAGGAGAAGGCGUCCCAGGUGUAUUAUGUCUACAGCAUUGUGGUCCCCAAAUCCAUGAACGCCUUCAUGACACUCUCAAAGACGGUGCUGAAACGAGGCGAGGCCUUAAUGGUUAAUUGUACUGUAGAAGAAGCAGAGAUGGUUUACUUCAAAUGGGAUUUUCCCCGUAAAGAGACAAUUGAGCCACUGACAGACUUUCUAUCGGAGAUUAGAAUCCGCUCCUUCUUGAACAUCUCCACUGUUACUCUGGAGGACUCUGGCCAUUACAUCUGCCGAGUGCAGGACCCUUUUUCCGGAACGUCAGCCAUGGAUAAUCUCACUGUCACUGUUCUGGAACGGGGCUUUGUGGAUUUGGAACCCUCCAUCAACACCAAUGUUUCAGCGCUGCAGUAUCAGAGCGUUGCGCUCACAGUGCAGAUCGAAGCGUUUCCCAAACCUCAGGUGCUCUGGACCAGAGACAACACCACCCUUACUGGGGAAACUGUAUCCAUUGACACCAGAGAGGUGCAUGAGACCAGUUACCUCAGUACUCUGACCUUGGUAAGGGUCCGGAUGGAACAGAGGGGGCUCUACACUGUCCAGGUGGCCAAUGAAGACGACGUCAAGGAGAUAACCUUUGAUCUUCAAGUCAAGUCUUCCCCGAAGAUAAUAGAUUUGUCUGACCAGCACAUAGACCAGGGCCACGGAGUGCUCUGUGUCACAGAGGGGGUCCCCACACCCACCGUCCACUGGUACAGCUGUGAAAGCAUUGGAAAAUGCAGUAAUAAGACCACAGCAUGGAAGUCUCUGUCGGCUGACCAAGAGAACGUCAGCAUCCAGAUGAACGUCAGCUACAUCGAGGCCUCAGGGGUCAACCAAGUCCGCAGCCUUUUGACCUUCCAGACCAUAGGGGGUAUUACAUCAGUACGCUGUGAAGCCCGCAACGAGAGAGGGCGCAGGGCCUGGGACAUCAAACUGGUCUCGAACUCUCUGUUCUCCCAGGUGGCUGUCUUGGCUGCAGUGUUAGCCCUGGUGGUCAUUGCCGUCAUCUUCCUCAUCAUCCUCAUCGCCCUUUGGAGAAAGAAGCCCCGGUAUGAGAUCCGUUGGAAGGUGAUCGAGUCAGUGAGCUCAGAUGGCCAUAAGUACACCUACAUGGACCCCAUGCACCUGCCAUAUGACUGUGUAUGGGAGGUUCCCCGGGAUAGCCUGGUCCUGGGUCACACUCUGGGUUCUGGAGCAUUUGGGAGGGUGGUGGAGGCCACAGCCUAUGGCCUUGGUCACUCUCAGUCCACCACCAAAGUGGCUGUGAAGAUGCUCAAGUCCACAGCAAGGACAAGUGAGACUCAGGCUCUGAUAUCUGAGCUGAAGAUAAUGAGCCACCUUGGGCCCCAUCUAAACAUCGUCAACCUACUGGGGGCUUGUACGAAACAAGGUCCCAUUUACCUCAUAACUGAGUACUGUUGCUAUGGUGACCUGGUUGACUACCUUCACCGCAACAAGCAUACCUUCCUGCAGUACUACGCAGACAAAAACCGCAGGGAUGCUGAUAUGUGCAGGAACAGCACAGAGAGUACAGUCCAAAUCCAAGGAAAAAGUGAGUGCGAUGGGGGUUACAUGGACAUGACCAAGGAAGAUUCUUUAAAUUAUGUCCCAAUGCAAGAGCUGAGUGACAACAUCAAGUAUGCAGACAUCGAGCCCUCAGUCAAUGAGACACCCUACCAUCAGGACAGCAACUACCAAGGACAAGGCCAAGAGAGAGCAGACGUCGCGUUGUCUAUCAGUGACUCCCCAAUUCUGAGCUACACAGAUCUGGUGGGCUUUAGCUACCAAGUGGCUAAGGGCAUGGACUUCCUGGCAUCCAAGAAUUGUGUUCAUCGUGACCUGGCUGCCAGAAAUGUUCUCAUCUGCGAGGGAAAGCUGGUGAAGAUCUGUGACUUUGGCCUGGCUCGUGAUGUCAUGAACGACUCCAACUACAUAGCCAAAGGCAAAACAUUCCUGCCACUGAAGUGGAUGGCUCCAGAGAGUAUCUUCCAGAACCUCUACACAACCUUGAGCGAUGUUUGGUCUUUUGGCAUUCUGCUUUCAGAGAUCUUUACUCUAGGAGGAACGCCCUAUCCUGGCAUUCUCAUGAAUGAGCAGUUCUACACUGCCUUGAAGAGAGGCUACAGGAUGCCUAAACCUGCUCAUGCUACAGACGAGAUCUAUGAUAUCAUGUGCAAGUGUUGGGAUGAGAAAUUCAAGAAGAGGCCACUCUUCUCCUCUCUGGUUAAUUUGACGGGAAACCUGCUGACGGAUGCUUACAAAAAGAAAUACACCCAGGUGAAUGAGAUCUUUCUGAAGAGCGACCACCAUGCUGCAAUCAGGUCCAAACCUAUACCAGCAGGGAACCCGGCUGUGUCUUCAGAUGACCACUCCUCAGGUGAUCGAACGGGUCAGGAGACAGGGGAGAUAGAGGAGACUGGGACGGAGGCUGGCCCCUCCCAGACUGACUACAUAAUCGCCAUCCCAGAUAUCCAUGUAGCCAAAGAGGCAGAAGCAGGUGGUGAGGUGCUGGACACCGCCACACAGAGUACAUCAAGUCCUCCGAGCACAACCGACCAGGCUGAUACAGCCUCCCUGGAUGGACCAGAAGUACCCCUAGAAGAACCAGUACCCACAGAGGAAGCGGUGCUUGCCCCCACGCAAGAAGACAAGCUCCCCCAGUCUCCAUGUGUCCCUGAAGUGGAGGAGAGUUUCCUGUAGAGAGCUGAAGUUAGAGGUGUCUACUGUAUAGGACAAUGUUGUACAUGACAAUGUGUGUUGUUAGUUAAACACUAAUGUUGUAGGCCCUUUUAGGAAACAUUAUAUCGUUAUUAUUUUUGUAUAUUGGUAAUAUACUGUAUAUCUUUCAGGUACUUUUCCCCUUGUAAUGCUAUGAUUCACAAAAAAAGCAUCAGCAGUUUGACACAUGGCAAUGGUAAUAUUAUAUACAAAUGUAAUCAAAUUGAAGUUGUCAAACUGUAAAGAAAAGUAUAUUUGGCAUGGGAAUAUAUUUAAUUUCAAUCAUUAAAAAAAUAUAAUUUAAAGAGAAUGUAAGCUUGCAAUAAUGCACCUCAUAUUUGCACUACUCAUUCUCAAUUUUAGACAAAAUAAUGUUUUGAAAAAGCGAUUCAAUAAAUUGAGGCAUACAUUUUUGGGACUAUUAAAUGAAUGAUAUAUACCCAUUGAUUCUCGAAGAAUAUAACUUAUAAAUGCCUGCUUAGCUUAACUGUCCUACCCCAUCAGAACCCAACAUAUAAGCUUGCUUUAACUCCACUGUUUGUAAACAAUGGGAUUGUAAACAAACACUGUAACAAACACUGCCUCGAAACAUGGGCCUAAAUUCAAUCAGAUCAAGCUUUAACCGGUGAUAGCAGACAGCUUGCAUAGGAUGCUUUGGCGUGUUGGAGGUGGAACUGCACUGGAGCGAUCUCUUGCGAUCAUUGUAAUGAAGCAACACACGCCCCACUCGCGUUAGAAGUGUAGGCAAUCUAGAACCUAAAAGGGUUAUUUGGCUGUUCCCGUAGGAGAACCCUUUGAACAACCCUUUUUUUGUCAUUCCUAUUCCAUUCACCCAGUUCAACGUAACAUCGAUAAGUUUAGGCUACUACAUGAUACUCUAAUUUUCCCUGUACCCAUCAUGAGUUUGCUAAAAACCUAGCCUAUUAAUGAGUUUAAAACAUAGGCGCGCACAAGUCGAGAGAAAUUUGAGUAAUCAAGGUGACAGACAUUGACACAUUCAUCCGCCUUGCACAAUCUUGCCUGCAUCUGGCUGAUCUAGGGUGUGAUCAUUAGUCCAACAGUUGCAAACGAGAGUUUCCAUUGGACCAAUUCAGUUAUGUUUAUCCCCAUUUCAGCUUUUUUUUUCAACAGAAUGGGCGGAAUGAAUACACCCCUGAUCACACUCAAACAGUUCAAUUUCAUAGCAGCCACAUACAAACAGCAUGAUCCCUUUGAUCGUUGUAGAAUUCCUUCUUGCAUCUACUCCUCUCACCUUUUCCCUUGGCUUUUGUGGACUUCAGUGCACAACAUAACAGCUGUUCUGUGACCAGGCGAAAAAAACACAGACUACAUCUUUGUCACCAUAUUAUCUAACGUCAAGUCAACAGAGCUACUAGAACUAAUGCGUUAGUAAACCCACUACAUUGCCGUACAGUGUACAGUUAGCAAGCAGUUUAGCCGUUACAUUGGCGGCCCCGGUGGCAAUAAAUUAAUCAAACCAAAAGCUUACCUUGACUUGGAAGAGAUCCACUGUUGGAUAGCCAUAGUCAGCUAGGUAACAUAGCAUCCAUCUCUGUUUGAGCCGGGAGUUUGAGUAGGCUAAACUAGCUAGCUGCAUUCCCUAGCUAAGAAAGUGAAAGUGAAAGAAACAAAAUAUAGCUCUCCCUCUCUUUGAUCUUCAUUUUUGAAGAAAUGUAUUCGUUCUGUAAAAGUAACUGUUCAACUAUUGUCCUUCUCUCUCUUUCAGUCAACUACUUACCACAUUUUAUGUACUGCAGUGCUAGCUAGCUGGGCUUAUGCUUUCAAUACUAGAUUCAUUCUCUGAUCCUUUGAUUGGGUGGACAACAUGUCAGUUCAUGCUGCAAGAGCUCUGAUAGGUCAAAGGACAUCCUCCAGAAGUUGUCAUAAUUACUGUGUAAGUCUAUGGAAGGGGGUGAAAACCAUGAGCUUCCUAGGUUUUGUAUUGAAGUCAAUGUACCCAGAGGAGAAUGGACACUAGCUGUCCUCCGGCUUCACCCCCCGUGGUGUUAACCUACAGAGUGCUGUUGAGGCUACUGUAGACGUUGAUUGCAAAACAGUGUGUUUUAAACAAUUGUUUGGUGACGUGAAUAUAUUUAGCAUAGUUUUAUCUAAAAAGGAUAACUUUCUUAAUGUUUCACCAAAAAAUAAUAUUCUGAAAUUCACUGAGGAUGGUUCUCUGAGGACCCCCCACUGCUUUCCACAGAGGGUUCCACAUGAAGCCCAAUAGAGUUGUACCUGGAGCCAAAAAAGGGUUCUCCUAUAGGCACAGCUGGAAAAACGCCAAUUGCAGCAACGCUCCCCAAUAAUGCCAAAAUCCUUUUUUUCUGAGAGUACAUAGAAAUAAUUUUCUUAGAGCUCCAAGACAGGAUUGUGUCGAGGCACAGAUCUGGGGAAGGGUACCGACACAUUUCUGCAGUAUCGAAGGUCCCAAAGAACACAGUGGCCUCCAUCAUUCUUAAAUAGAAGACGUUUGGAACCACCAAGACCGGCCAAACUGAGCAAUCGAGGGAGAAGAACCUUGGCAGGGAGGUGACCAGUAACCCAAUGGUCACUCUGACAGAGCUCUAGAGUUCCUCUGUGGAGAUGGGAGAACCUUCCAGAAAUACAACCAUCUCUGCAGCACUCCACCAAUCAGGCCUUAUAUGGUAGUGGCCAGACGGAAGCCACUCCUCAGUAAAAGGUUCCAAACUUCUUCCAUUUAAGAAUGAUGGAAGCUACUGUGUUCUUGAUGACCUUCAAUUAUGCAGACAUUUUUAAGUACCCUUCCCUAGACCUGUGCCUCGACACAAUCCUGUCUCAGAGCUCUACGGACAAUACCUUUGACCUCAUGGCUUGGUUUAUGCUCUGACAUGCACUGUCUACUGUGGGACCUUAUAUAGACAGGUGUGUGACUUUCCAAAUUAUGUCCAUUCAAUAUAAUUUACCACAGGUGGACUCCAAUCAAGUUGUUGAAACAUCUCAAGGAUGAUCAAUGUUAACAGGAUGCACCUGAGCUCACUUUCGAGUCUCAUAGCAAAGGGUCUGAAUACUUAUGUAAAUAAGGUAUUUCAGUUUUACAUUUUUAUAAAUUUACAAACAUUUCUAACAACAUAUUUUUGCUUUGUCAUUAUGGGGUAUUGUGCAUAAAUAGAUGAGGAUUUUUAUUUAUUUAAUCAAUUUUAGAAUAAGGCUGUAACGUCACAAAAUGUAGAAAAGGUCAAGGGGUCUGAGUACUUUCCGAUUGCACUGUAUAUAAGCAAACUGUUUGGACUGGGAAGCAAAUGGUAAGCUUAACACAGUUCCACCUCAGACACCGCCAAAGCAGCUGCCUUGUGGUUGCAGGGCAGGUUGCAGGUUGCAUUUCUCCAGCCCCAUCCCUCAAGCUGUUUGCCCAAAACAGGGGCAGGGUGCCGGCUUUGUUAUUGUUUGAACUGCAGAUUCCCCCCUUAAGCACUACAUCUCAUUCCUUCCAAGGUCAGGGUUGUUCCAUCAGGUUUCGUCAGCAUAUUAAAAGGUACUGAUUGUAAAUGCCAGAAUUCAUUUGUGAUGUUACAUUUUUCAUCAAUAGUAUAUAUUCAUUGUUUCUAAUCUGUUUGCCUGGCUAGAGUACUGUCUUGUACAAAAUGCUGUUGAAUUUCCAACUCCAUAUUGAAAGGUCUGUGGCAUGUAUCCUUGAGUGUUAACUCAGACACAUUGAAAGGGCAGUUGAUACUUUACAUGCAAUUUCUUGAGUUGUACUAAAUGACUGAGUUUUAAUGUUGUUUUAAGGAUUUUUCAUGUGGUUUAAUUUCAAAUGAAGUGCCUUUAUUGUUAACAUUUUCUUCAUAAUCUUUCAAUUUGUACUCUCGGUAUGGUAUCAUUUGUAUACAGUCUGUAAUGUAUGGUACCUCUAUAUCAAAGCAAUGGUAGUAUAUUCUUAUUUAUAAACUGGGUAGGUUCCUGAAUGCUGAUUGGCUGAAAGCUGUGGUAUAUCAGACAAUAUACCACAGAUAUAAUGCAAAAUUACUUUUAAUUAUUUUUGUAACCAGUUUAUAAUAGCAAUACGGAGCCUCGGGGGUUUGUGGUAUAUGACCAUUAUACCAGGCUAAAGGGAUAUAUCCAAGCCCUCCGCAUUGUGUUGUGCAUAAGAACAACCCUUUGCCAUGGUAUAUUGGUCAUAUACCACAGUUCCUCGGGCCUUAUUGCUUAAAUAUACACUUUUCCUUACUGUAACCAGGGCUGGCAAAACAUGUAUGUGUUCCCUGUUCUGUUAGGUAUCUAAAUUGUAAAUAAUAGUAAGAUGGAAAGGCAAGCGGCAGAGGGAUGUUUGAAAAAUAUUGUCGAUAUCUAAACAUCUUAGACGGGAAAAAAGGUGCACAUUUCUAUUUUUAAUGAACUCCAUACGUUAAUUGAGAUGCAUACAUUGCUACACAGCAAAUGCACUGCGAGUUGUUUUUUAAAGGCAUUUGCUUGCAUAUUUUUUAUAUCCGUUAAAAUGAAUAAUGGGCAGCCCAUUCUACUGUACAUGCAAUAAAGAUGUUCACUAUCAUUUCCA